GUUGGUCAAACCGUGUUAGGGCUGCGUAAUUUGACCACCGGUUGGUUCCUCGCACCUCAUUUUAUUAUUCAACGGUUCUUCCUUUUCAGGCGCGGAGGGAGAGAGAGAGAGAGAGCAGUUGUUGACAGACUGCAGAUUCUCAUCGUCGAUCUAGAGACUAGAGGUGCCAGAAGAAGAACAAGAAGAAGAAAGAGUCAGCCACAAGUCUACUGCUUUAAUUUUCGGACGCUCGCUCUUUAGGAAUAGGGUAAAUAGCUCCACGAUUUGCAGCAAAUCCCACCCCCUUGUGUCCUUCUAAUCCUUCCUCAACUUGACCGGAUUCCGAAUUCCACGUAGCUCUGUUUUCUGAGAAGAAUAUACUCCAGUGAUGAGCUCCAACGCUCCUUCAUCAAGCGCAGGCGCCCCCGGAUCCUCCGACAAUCCUGCAGCCAGAAGAACUUCCAAGCGACCAAAGUAUUCAAGGUUUACACAACAGGAACUUCCUGCUUGCAAGCCUAUACUAACGCCAAAAUGGGUUAUCUCAGCUUUUCUGCUUGUCAGUGUUGUCUUCAUUCCCAUUGGAGUUGUUUCCCUGUUUGCCUCUCGGGAUGUUGUAGAGAUUGUGGAUCGUUAUGAAGCUGACUGCAUACCAAGCAAUUAUUCAAGGAAUGAAGUGCAGUUUAUACAAAGUUCUUUAGAUAAAACCUGCCUUAGGAAUAUUACGGUCAAGAAGCAUAUGAAGCAGCCUAUUUAUGUUUAUUACCAACUUGACAAUUUCUAUCAAAAUCAUCGCAGGUAUGUUAAAAGCCGAAGUGAUCAACAACUAAAGGAUAAAGGCAGCAAGGAUAGAAUCAGUACUUGUGAGCCUGAAGAUUCUUCAAAUGGGGCUCCUAUAGUUCCCUGUGGCCUUAUUGCCUGGAGUUUGUUUAAUGAUACAUACAGCUUUUCCCGCAACAAGCUGAAGCUGACUGUAAACAAAAGUGAGAUAUCAUGGAAGAGUGACCGGGACCAUAAGUUUGGUAAAAAUGUUUUCCCAGAGAAUUUUCAGAAUGGUUCUCUGAUCGGGGGCGGGACUCUUGACACGAAGAAGCCUUUGAGUGACCAGGAGGACCUAAUUGUUUGGAUGCGAACUGCUGCUCUUCCAACCUUUAGGAAAUUAUAUGGGAGGAUAGAGGUGGAUCUUAAUGUAAAUGAUGUGAUUGAAAUCGUAUUGAAGAAUAAUUACAAUACUUAUAGCUUCAAUGGGAAGAAGAAGCUUGUGCUUUCUACGACUAGCUGGCUGGGUGGAAAAAAUGAUUUCCUAGGCAUUGCAUACCUCACAGUCGGUGGCCUAUGCUUCUUUUUGGCUAUGGUUUUCACACUAAUAUAUCUUGUUAAGCCAAGGCAACUUGGUGACCCAUCUUACCUAUCGUGGAAUCGUAAUCCAGGUGGACACUAGAAGACUUAUCUUCAUAAUGUGGCCAUAAAGUGGUUAUGAAGUAAAAACAUAGAUGCCUUGAAAAUAUUGACUGCUUUUUAAAUUUGAUUUUUGGUUUUUGUUGAUUCUAAUUUCUAAACACUGUAGAUAUUGUAAUGGAAUAUGGUUCGCACUUAAAAUGAUGUUCAUUAUUCUCUGUGACAGAGAUUGUAAUGCAUUAUGGUUUGCACUUAAACGAGGUUGAAUAUUCUGUGAUAGUAAUUUACGGGACAUCGUCAAAUAGACACUGGC